AUGCAAGCAGUUUUAAUUCAAGAGAGUUGUAUUGAUGCUUUGAAGGGUGAAGCAUUGAUUCCUGCAGCGUUUACACAAGCACAAAAUACCAAGAUGGUGGAUAAGAAAAUCGGUCACUUCAAGAAGAAUUGUCUUGGGAGAAAGGUCAAUGAUGAUUAUGUUCAUGUUACGAUUACCUUGGAUGAGGAUAGUUAUGAGGAUACUGGUGCCCUAGUGGUAUCGAGUUUGGAGAUUGAAGAUAAUUGGGUUAUAGAUUCGGGUUGCUCUUAUCACAUGUGUCCAAGAAUAGAAUACUUUGAGACUUUGAAGCUGGUGCAAGGUGGAGUAGUUCGCCUUGGUGAUAAUAAGGCUUACAAGGUUCAUGGUAUUGGUACGAAUGAUGCUGCAAUUGCUGCUGCUUUGGAAGCAAUGGCUCAUGCUUUGGAACAUCAUCCAAAUGUUGGUGAGAAUGUUGCGUCUCGCAAUUUGGCUACCUUCCAAAAAGAGAAUCCACAUGUGGUGAGUGGUGAGGAGUUAGUUACUUGUGGUUUGGAGUUACUUAAAGAGGUUUGGGGAGAGUGA